UCGGUGCAAAACUAUGAAACUUUUUAUUAAAUUAUCCUUAAAUAUGUCAAGAACUGAUGAUUUACUGAAAUAAAAUCAUUGUAGAAAUUAUGAAAUAUCUGGAAUGUUGCUCUUUAGUUACUACAAUGGUUUCAAUUGCUCACGUAAAUCGUUUCUUACAUCUUUCUUCACAUUUAAGACGCUUUUUAUGCACAGAAACCAAACCUUCAAAAAAGAGUGGAGUAAAGUUUCCUGUUCCUGGCGUUAAAAAUAUUAUUGUCGUUGCUUCUGGGAAGGGUGGUGUUGGAAAGUCUACAACUGCAGUGAACCUUGCCUUGGCAAUUAGCAUCAAUGAAAAGAACAAAUUGGUUGGAUUAUUGGAUGCUGAUGUAUAUGGUCCAUCUAUUCCACACAUGAUGAACCUUGAUGAACAGCCUGAACUGACAUCAAAUAAUCUUAUGAAACCUCUUAUGAACUAUGGAAUAAAGUGCAUGUCUAUGGGUUUUCUAGUUGACAAAAAAUCUCCAAUUGUUUGGAGAGGUCCUAUGGUUAUGUCAGCUGUGCAGAAGCUUUUUAGGCAGGUUUCAUGGGGGCCACUAGAUUAUUUAAUUGUUGAUAUGCCACCAGGAACCGGUGAUACUCAUUUGUCAAUUUCUCAAACUGUGCCUGUAACAGGUGCAGUGAUUGUAACUACUCCUCAAGACAUUGCAUUAUUAGAUGCUCGAAAAGGAGCAGAAAUGUUUCGAAAAGUGGAUGUUCCUGUUUUAGGGAUUGUACAGAAUAUGAGUUGCUUUAUCUGUGCCAAGUGUGGUGAAAAAACUCACAUAUUUGGAGAAGAAGGGGCAGUGAAAUUAGCAUCAGAGCUUAAUAUUAAAAUAUUAGCUGAUAUACCACUACAUCUAUCAAUACGAACAAGUUCUGAUGCUGGCCAACCUAGUGUAGUAGCAGAUCCAAACGAUGCGAUGGCAGUUAUAUAUAGAGAGUUAGCACAAAAUGUUGUCAAAAGUCUUCCUUCAUAAGACCAGUUCAAGAAUCAGUAUUUAAACUCCAAUUAUUUAAUGCUGUAUAUAGCACAGAAAAUAUAACUUUGUAAAAAAGAAAAUAAA